CACACCCCUCCUCUAUUUAUUUCUGAAGAGGGGUUCUGUACUGUGUUGUCCCUUCACAGGACGCAGCUCCUGUUGAGUAAUUUACAAUCUGUCAGAAGUUUCCGAGAUACUAGUUAAUAAUUCAUUGUUGAGAGGUCAGUCCCUAGUGUCGCAACUUCGCUGACAGUGAAAAGCUAUGGAACUUUCUCAGCUUCCCGCUCAACUCCUUUCACUGAUCUCUCACCCUCUGUGGUUUCUCGUUGCUGUGCUUCUGUCUCUCGUUGUCAGGCUGCAACGGAAAGGCUCAUGGAAACCGAGACAAUGUCCAGUGGAUCUCCACGGAAAAACUGCUAUCGUUACUGGAGCGAACACAGGCAUUGGGAAGUACAUUGCACAAGACCUUGCCCAGAGAAAUGCCCGUGUGAUCCUGGCAUGUCGCAGCGCAGAAAGAGGGGAGAGAGCACAGCGAGAAAUCCGACAGCGGACGGGAAACAGUAACGUUCACCUCUGCAUUCUGGACACCAGCUCCUUGGAGUCUGUGCGGAAGUUUGCAGAGCAGAUCAGGACGGAGGAGAAGCAAUUGGACAUCCUUGUAAAUAAUGCAGGUGCCUCAGGUUUGGACCGGGUGACUACUUCUGAGGGUCUUGAACUGACCAUUGCUACGAACCACCUCGGCCCAUUCCUCCUGACCAACCUGCUACUGGAUUUGCUGAAACACUCCUCCAGUGCCCGGAUUGUGAAUGUCUCUUCAAUCAAUCACCAUCGUGGAAAGGUUGACUUUAAGCAUUUCAAAGGAGAGAAUCUGCCAACAUACUGGAAGGAGGCGAUGUACAGCAACACCAAACUGAUGAAUGUAUUAUUCACGAACGAACUGUCUCAGCAGCUCAAACACACAGGAGUGACAGUGAAUGCUGUCCAUCCAGGAGUGGUGAUGUCGGAAAUUAUGCGGAACUACAAUGUGUUACUGAGGAUUAUCUUCAACCUGAUUGGAAUCUUCUUUUUCAAGUCUUCAGAGGAAGGAGCUGUGAGUUCCAUCUACUGUGCUGUGUCAAGGGAAAUGGAUGGUGUCUCUGGAAAGUACAUCGACAGUGACUGCUUUCUCACUCUGCCCAGCCCUUUAGCACAAGACCAAGCCUUAGCUAAAAAGCUGUGGGAGGUCAGUGAGUCAUUCACUGGCCUUGCAAAUGACAAGAGUCAAGUUAAUGCAAUGUGAAUCAUUCCUUCAGGUGUCUCCUCAGGCAUUAAACUCCCCUUUCAACAUGAGCCAUAACUUUGCAAGUCUCCAU